AGCCCCGAGCUCCUGGCUGGAUUCCGGGUCUUCCUCUUUCCCCUCCUUUUGGAUCUGAGAUUGAAGCCAUCACUGAGGUCAAGAUCAAGGAGCCCUGCUGGACCUGGCCAUGUUGCUUUUGAGCUGGCUGCUUCUCCUUGGGUCUGCCUUCCACCAAGGCCUGGGUUCCUGGAAGGUGAUCAGCCCUGAAAAAGUCCAGGGAGUCCUCGGCUCCUGUCUGGUCAUCCCCUGCACUUUUAGCUUCCCUAGUGAUGUGAAAACAGACAAAGGUAUCAAUGCCAUCUGGUACCGAGACUACUCCAAUGCCAACAGAAAGGCGGUGGUGAGUCAUUCCCAAGACCCAGCACAAGUGGACCAGGGCUACAAAGACCGGGCUGUGCUGCUGGGGGACCCUGGGCAGAAGACCUGCAACCUCCUCUUACGGAAGCUCAGCCCCAAUGACAAUGGGGACUAUACUUUUCGGUUCGAGAUCAUUGGGGUGGAUAGCUGGUCUGCCAAGAUGAGCACCGCAGUCACGGUUACUGAUGAACCCAGCAGCCCUAUCAUUACCUCCCCUGCUCAUCUUCGGGAAGACACACAAGUCAUCUUCAACUGUUCCACCCCCUACAUGUGUCCUGAGGAUGGGACUCCCCUCUCCUGGCACGGUCAAGAUCCUGUCCACUCCAACAUUAGCCAGCUCCAGGUACUGGAGCCCACCAGUGUCAUCUCCCAACAAAGCCUCAGCGUUGCCUUAUCCUGGCGUGACCAUGGCCGGACGCUGACUUGCCAGUUCUCUGCUGCAGGGAAGCAGAGCCAGGGGCAGAUCCAACUUCAGGUGCAAUAUGCCCCCAGAGGAGUAGAGGUCUCUCUAAGGCCCUCCAAGGAGAACAUCUACCUGGGGGAUUCCUUUACCCUCACCUGUCACAUCAAUGGCAGCCACCCUGAACCCACUGCCUUCAGGUGGUUUAAAGAUGGCGUGCUCCACCAUGCCAAUCAAGAAGCGCUCCAGGUGAACAAGGCCACAUGGGAGGAUUAUGGGCGCUACUCCUGCGAGGUGGAGAAUGCGGCAGGCACCGGAGCAGCUGCCCCCAUCACUGUCUUCAUCUUCGAUCCACUGAUCCAAGUGCACCCACCUGGCGUCAUCCAAGAAGGGCAGGCGGUGGCUCUCACCUGCUCCCUGCCUGGAGGGGAGCAGCAGAAUGUCUCCUACAGCUGGUUCAAGAACAACGUGUGGAUCGAGGACUUGGCUGCCCCGACCCUCAUGUACGCCCGAGUCAGCAGCACAGAUACCGGCUUCUACUUCUGCCAGGUGCAGAAUUCCAAGGGCAGCAAGGCCUCCCUGCCUGUUAACCUAGUGGUCACCUAUCCACCGAGGAUGCCCAUGCUCACCUCUUUCCUGGAAACCCAGAGGGGACAGAGAGCCAUCAUCCAUUGCUCUGUGGACAGCGAGCCCCAGUCCAACCUGACCCUUUUGCAUGCUGGCCAGCUGUUGGCCUCCUCAAAUUCCCAGGAUGUACCCAGUCAACGCUUCAGUAUCUCUAGCGGCUACAACUCCCUGCGUUUGAAUAUUCAAGGACUGGAGGCUGAUGAUGGCGGGGACUACCAGUGUGAGGCCAUCAAUGCCCUUGGGAAGGCCACCUCCAACCAUGACCUCAGGGCCAACACUGCCUGGGUUGGAAUUGAUCCCGCUGCUGAGGUGGUAGAGGGUGAGGAAGUGACGCUGAGCUGUGUGGCUGCCCAGGGUGACCAGCCCUAUGCCCUCUAUACCUGGUACCGGAACGGAGAGUGGCUGAAGGAGGGACCCCUCAGCCUCCUCACUUUUCCCAAGGUGCUCAGUGCCAACUCAGGUUCCUACCACUGCCGGGCCCAGGACAGCCUGGGCAGCAGCCGGACCUCGCCUCCUGCCACCCUCACUGUUCUCUACCCCCCACGGAAGCCCACGCUUACCGCCCUGGUCAACAUGGAGGCCGAUAGGCUGGGCCUCCUCUUGUGCAGAGUGGACAGUGACCCACCAGCGGAUCUGAGGCUGCUCCGAGGAGACCAGCUUGUGGCCACCUCUCGGGGUGGGUGUGGAGGUGGGCAGAGCCAUCCCCGGGCUCAGGCUGCCUCCAGUCCCAAUUCCCUUCGUGUGGAGAUCCGUGAUGUGGUGCUGGAAGAUGAAGGGGAGUACACGUGUGAGGCCACCAGUACCCUCGGCAAUUCCACAGCCUCUGUGACCUUUGAAGCCCAGACCACCCGUCUGGUCAUCUUUCCAUCACCGACUGUGAAGGAAGGCGAAGAGGUCAAUCUGACCUGUGUUGUGAUCCGGGAGUCAAACAACACUCCUCUGAACUUCACUUGGUACCGGGACGGGGCCCGGUGGGCCCAGGGAUCACAAGAAACUGUGGUCCUUCGGCCUGUGGCAAGGACAGAGGCUGCUCUUUACUCCUGCCAUAUCAGCACCCAAAUAGGGGAGAGGCGCUCCCCUCCAGUAGCCCUGCAUGUGCUGUACCCUCCAGAUUCCCCCCAUCUCUCUGCCUUCCUGGACACCACUGGGGGCCGAGUAGCCGUGUUCCUCUGCACUGUCGACAGCAGUCCCCCUGCGUCAGUGACCCUGUUCCAUGGUGAGGAGCUGGUGGCUUCCAGCCUUGGCUCUAGGGCUUUGGAAGGCAGGCAGCUCCGGGUGGAAGCUAGCCCUAACUCCCUGAGGAUGGAAAUCAAGGAACUAAGACUAGAAGACACUGGGAAUUAUCGAUGCCAGGCCACUAAUGAUCUUGGCUCAGCUUCCACCACAAUUUUCUUUCAAGUUCAUGCUGCUUGGGUUCAGGUGUCACCAUCUCUGGAGGUUCGUGAAGGGGAGGCCGUGUCCCUGAGCUGCAAAGUGACAGGGGGAACCCCUGAUGGGACCACCUACCACUGGUACCGGGACAGUAGGCACCUCCCCGAGCCUACCAUGUCCACACUCCGCUUUCCCUCCAUCACUGCUGAGCAGGGUGGUGCCUACCACUGCCAGGCCCGGGCUCCAGGUGGGGCUGCCAGUAUCGCCUCCCCAGUCAGCCUUCAUGUAUCCUACCCCCCACGACAGCCUACCCUCACUGCCUUGCUGGAAUUGGAGGCUGGGAGGUUGGGCCUCAUCCUGUGCCAAGUGGACAGUGACCCCCAGGCCCAGCUGAGGCUGCUGAGAGGCAGCCAGCUCCUGGCCUCCUCCGAGAGCAGGGUUGGAGUUGACUCUUCCCGAGUUACUCGGGCCUUCAAUGUCCUCCGUGUGGAGAUCCCAAAUGUAGUGCUUGAGGAUGAAGGAGAGUAUACCUGUGAAGCCAGCAAUGUCCUUGGGAAUGCUACGGCUUCUGUGGCCUUCAGUGCUGAAACUGUGGUGGUCCAGGUGUCGCCCUCGCCGACCGUUCGAGAGGGCCAGGCCGUGAACUUGACUUGUGUGGUCUCAGCUGCUGACAUUACCCAGCUCAACUACACGUGGUACCGGAACGGACAGUGGGUGGGUGGAGGCCCCGGCUCCUCCUCCAUCUUCUUCCCCAAUGUCUCUGCCGCUGAUGCCACAUCUUACCACUGUGCUGUGGACACUCACGAGGGGGGCACGCGCCUCUCCUCCCCCAAGCGCCUCACUGUUCUCUAUCCACCCCGGAUCCUGCGGCUGACAUCUCUGCUGGAGAGCCGGGUGGGACAGCCAGCCGUGCUGUUGUGCACCGUGGACAGCCAACCUCCAGCCACACUGGCUUUGAGCUGGGCUGGUCAGCUCCUGGCCUCGUCUUCCACUGGGCCAGCCAGGCUGGGGGCAUCCUCUACCCCUAACACCCUUCGCCUUGAGCUCCAGGAGCAGAAGGCCCUCGGGAGUGGCCUCUACACCUGUUCUGCCAAGAACUCUCUGGGCCAAGCUAACACUUCCUUGGAGCUUCACCUAGAGGUCACCAGAGUGUCCAUAGCCCCAUCCAACAAGGUGCCUGAGGGCACACCUGUCAUCCUGACCUGUGAGGACCCUGCUGCCAAGCCCCCCACCAUCUAUACCUGGUAUCACAAUGGCCGCUGGCUCCAGGAGGGGCCCACCCACGUCCUCCAGCUCCCUGGCACCAGCAGGGCCCGCGAUGCCGGUGCCUACUCCUGCACGGCCCGAGAUGCCCGGGGGGUCCGAAGUUCCCAGCCUGCCUCUCUGCAGCGCCUGUAUGCCCCGAGGGAUGUGUUCCUGACCUCUUUCUUGGACACCCGGGCUGGCCGAGUGACUGUGUUGCAGUGCACUGUGGACAGUGAGCCUCCAGCACAGCUGGCCCUGUCCCGGGAUGGUGAACUGGUGGCUUCUGGCCAGAGUCUCUUCGGAUCACUGGUGGGGAGAAGCCGUGUCCACACUACCCAUAAUACCCUCCGACUGGAGCUGUGGGAUGUCAGCAUGCAGGAUGAGGGAGACUACCUCUGCUCUGCCCAGAAUGCUUUUGGCUCCAUCACUACCACCGGACAGCUGUGGGGAGAAGGUCUUCGCAUCACGGUGGAGCCAGGCCUGGAGAUUCAUGAAGGAGCCUCCCUCAACAUGACCUGCCUGUUGACCGGCCAGGCCCAAGAAAACGCCACCUACACGUGGUCCUGGAAUUCUCGAUGGUUGCAGGAGGGUCCAGAACCCAUGCUUGUGUUUUCCCAGGUGACCAGUGGCCAUGCAGGGGUGUACCAAUGUCAUGCUGAGGGGUCCUUGGGGAGUGCCUCCUCAGCCCCUGUCAGCCUCAAAGUGCUAUAUGCACCACGGAUACCUGCUGUGACUUCCUUUCUAGAGCCAGAGACUGGUCUUUGGGGUAUCCUGCACUGUCAUGUGGAUAGUGAGCCCCGGUCUGAGCUGAUGCUUUAUCACGGAAGCCAUCUUAUUGCUUCUACCCAUCCUGGAAGCCAUCGUGAUCCCCGCAUUCAAGUAUCAGCCUCCUACAACACCCUGAGGGUGGAUAUCCAGGAUAUGAAUCCCAAAGACCAGGGAGAGUAUGUGUGCUUGGCAUCCAAUGCCCUGGGUACCUCUUCUUCUUCUGUGUACUUUGGAACACGAGUUCUUGAUUACUUGAACCUGUACCAGCUGCUCUUCAUCAUCUUCAUGGCCCUGUCUUGCUGCCUAUUGCUGCUCUUGGGUCUGGGGACCAUUCACAUCUGGAACAGGAAAAGCCUCCUCUAUAAGUUGAAUGCAGAUGAGAACCUGGUAGAGAUGGCUUUCCAGAAUGAGAAAGCACAGGUGGAAGAAACUGAAAUCAGAGAACCUGAAGGCCUUGCCAAGGAGUCAGAGAUGGAUCCCACCAGGUCCAUUGAAAACGUCCUGAUAAAUUCUGGCUUCUCCAGACCAGAUCUGAACACAUUCCUCUAAACUUCUAACUUCCUCCUGGGCAGUGGCUAGAGGAAAUAUGGGAGGAACGGAGCGUAUUCUCCUCUUGCCCAUCUCUUGUGGACAGUUGCCUCCAAUGGGGAUUUGGAAGAAGGAUUAAUAAUAUUCCCCCCAUUUUAUCCCUCCUUUCGUGCCCCCCAGUCCCACUUUCCCCUCCCAUACUCCUCCCUCUUCUUUCUCCUCCAUAAUUGUCCAUUUCCCCUCUUCUCCUGGAAACCCAGAGAGCUAGACAUGCUUUUAACCUCCUGUCCUCACGUCUCUUGGUAGGUCACCAUGGUAGGAUGGAAAACUAUCAGUUGUGUUUUGGGGUUUGUCCCCUGAGAUAAACCAUCACUGUCACUGUUGGGAAAGCAGCCUGGUGUGACGGAAAGAGAAUUGGACUUGGAGUCAGCAAGCUUGCCUGUGAGAUGGCCUAUUGCCUGUGAGAGUCUUGACAAGUGACUUCAACUCUCUGGGCCUGCGUUCCUUCAUCUGUAAAAUGAGAGCUUUGCACUGGAUGAUCUCUGUGGUCAUUCGGGUCAAAAUGUGUGAUCCUGUGACUGUCACCACCACGACAUUCAGAUUCUGUGGAGAGAAGCUGUGAUAUUUUCCCCUGGACAGAUGGUCUGCCUGUAAUCCCUGUUUCUAUUUCUAUCCCAGACUAGCAGGAAAUCCUAGGGACCCCUUUCUUCUCUAGGGCUAGAGUGGAGGAGCAGACUUAUCCUAACCUCCAUUUCUCAUUCGAGCUCCAUCUCAGCCCAGCCCCUCUAUUUUUACCAGAGCCCGUAGUAUUUCCUAAAUAGCUAAAAGUUCCCUUUGAAACCAUUCCAUCCCAGUGAUUCUACUAAUGCUCUAAUCCCCUCGUUUCUAUGAAAGGUCCUGUUCUGGGGUCUUAUGAUGCCUGUAAUGGGGUAGAGAGAAAUUUUGAUGUGGGGAAAAUCAUCUUCAGCUCCCUCUCUGUCUCAGAAUAAAUAUUGUCUCUAAUUGGUUUAUUGCUCCCCUUAGACUACCUCCAACGUAUACAGUAUAUACUUAUUUGUGUAUAGUCAUUUGCAUGAUGUCUUGCCCCUUAGACAGUCCUCCUUGAGGUCAGGGACUAUGGUUUUUUUUAAACCCUUUUUUGUAUCCCAAUGCUCAAUA